UAUUUGGAAAUGAAAUUUCUGCAGACGGAAUAAAAAAAGGCAUCUUCGCAUCACACAAAUUCAUAAAAUUUUAAUUUUUAAUUUUAUUUCCCUCAAAAUCACAAUAAAUUCAAAUUAAAAGAGGAGUGAAAUUAAUUUAAUCAUCCCACACAAAAGAAAAUAAUUACACCUUGUAGUUUCCAUUUGCUGCUUGGUUUUCAAAAGAAGAAACAACAAAAAAAAAAUGGACAGCACAAAUGGUUCAGAGAAUGCCAAAUCGCGUUCUCCAUCAGCCGAAUCGCAUAGUUCGAGAAAAUCAAAAACUUCCCACAGAAGUCGCAGUGGAUCGAGAGAUUCCGCCGUAAACAUAUCUCGUGAAACAAAUUCUCGCUCACGAAGCAGGUCGCGCAGUUCAAAUGCUGCUGGCGCCAAUUUGAGUGGCGAGAGAAAGUCAAGAAGUCGCAGUGGAAGUGCGGCUUCGAAAAAGUCCAAAUCAAGGUCGAAGUCGAGGUCACGCAGUGGUUCGGCUGCGUCGAGACGUUCACGUGGUAGUAAUGUGUCCAGACGCAGUCGAAGCAAGAGCGGAAGCCGCAAUCGAAGCGGAUCGAGGAGGAGCCGAAGUGGUUCUGGAAGCAGGAGUCGAAGUGGGUCUAGGAGAAGUCGGAGUGGAUCCAGGAGAAGUCGUAGCGGAUCGAGAAGGAGUCGAAGUGGCUCGAAUAGAAGUCGCAGUGGCUCCAGGCGCAGUCGUUCCGGAUCUGGAAGUAGAAGUCGUAGCAGGAGUGGAUCCCGCAGAAGUCGAAGUGGAUCCAGACGAAGUCGGAGUGGAUCAAGAAGGAGUCGCAGUGGAUCCGGUAGUCGAAGUCGUAGCGGAUCUAGAAGAAGUCGUAGCGGCUCUAGGAGAAGCCGAAGUGGCUCCAGACGAAGUCGUAGCGGCUCUAGGAGAAGCCGAAGUGGCUCUCGUCGUAGUCGAAGCGGAUCCAGACGCAGCCGAAGUGGCUCCCGCCGAAGCCGAAGUGGCUCAAGGCGUAGCCGCAGCGGCUCAAGGCGCAGUCGCAGUGGAUCCCGUAGAAGUCGCAGUGGCUCGAGGAAGAGUCGCAGUGUUUCGAAGAGGAGCAGAAGCAGGAGUGGAUCGAGACGCAGUCGAAGUGUCUCGAAAGCUAAACGAAGCAGUCGCUCUAAAUCUAGAUCCCGUUCAGGAUCUGGGGCAAGAUCUAGGUCUCGUAGUGUUUCCAAGUCGCCAGUAGCCGCUAAGAAGAAGCGUGCCCUGCUGAGUGAUUCGGAAGAUGAAGAGAGUGCCGUUGCCAGUUUUAAGAAACGCCCAAAAAUCACAGACACUGACAAUGAAGAUGAGGAUGAUAAUGUUGCUGAUAAACCGGACGAGGAAACACCUGAAGGUGAGAAGGCGCCUGCCAAGGAGGGGAUAGUAGACAGUUCGGAUGAUGAAAUUAUGCCAGUUAAUAGUGAACAGAAUGACAACUUCAUAUCGGACUUCGAUGCAAUGUUGCUUCGUAAAAAGGAAGAGAAAAAACCUCGUCGGCGACGAGGUGACAUUGAACUUAUCAAUGAUAACGACGAUCUAAUCGAUCAGCUCAUCAUGAACAUGAAACAUGCCGCCGAUGAGGACCGGGAACUUAACAAGGCCAACAAACCUGCUGUCAAGAAGAUCUCAAUGCUGAAACAAGUGAUGUCCCAGUUGAUUAAGAAGGAUCUGCAAUUGGCUUUCCUCGAACACAAUAUUUUAAAUGUCCUGACUGAUUGGUUGGCACCGCUGCCCAAUAAAGCUCUUCCCUGCCUGCAAAUUAGGGAGAGUAUUCUGAAGCUUUUGUCAGAUUUCCCCACAAUCGAUAAGAGUUACCUCAAACAAUCUGGAAUAGGCAAAGCCAUAAUGUACUUGUACAAGCAUCCAAAGGAGACAAAAUAUAACAGAGAACGAGCUGGUCGUUUAAUCUCUGAAUGGGCUCGACCAAUAUUCAAUCUGAGUUGUGAUUUCAAGGCAAUGUCGAAGGAGGAACGUCAGCAACGUGAUUUGGAACAGAUGCCGCGGGCGAAGAAGGCUCCCGAGCCAGAAGCAACAGUAUCGGACAAGAGUAACAAAAAGGGCAGUCUUAAUACAGCGUUCGGGUCAACAGACGAUAGUCCAUUGCGACCAGGUGAUAAAGGUUGGGUAGCUAGAGCGAGAGUGCCAAUGCCAUCGAAUAAGGACUAUGUAAUUCGACCGAGGUCAACUGUGGAAGGUGAAGUCAAUCCGGUUCAAAAGAAAAAACCAAAUCGAUAUGAAAAGCACAUGAAGAAAUUUAUAGAUGCGAAGCGAAUGAAAGAAUCCAGACGUGCCGUAGAGAUAUCAAUUGAAGGAAGAAAAAUGGCCCUUUAAGCAAAAGGUUGCAGGGGAGAGACUAUUACUACUUAUAAUAAAUAAUUAGAUUGUAUUACAGUUAAGUCGAGUGCAAAUUGAAAAGCACAUUUUUUGAAAAGCAUUCAAUUUUGCUUUUUAUGAUUAAUUUUGUUUUUUUAAAUAAAAAUUUAAGAGAUAAAACUUGUAUGUUGAAAGCUUGUACUUACGA